UCAAAUGUCUCCCCUCCAUCACAUUUACAUGAACAUAUGCACAUAAAUCAAUGAAAUGUAACGUUACCCCCCUGCGUGAGUGUUGUAGUCCAAGUACCCGUGAAGAACCCUGGGAAGACGUCACCGCGCACAAACUUGUUGUCCUUCCACUGACGGAGGGGCAGGCUCUACACACCAACAGUUAGCUGUAGCAUCAGAUUCAGAGGGCAGGCCGUAGGUGAAGGUCAUUUUUGAAGGUCAGCCUGGAUACAACUGAAGCAACAUCCACGAAGAUCUGAGAUUUGAAUGAGGAGGUAACAGCAGAGAGACAACCAUGGGUAAACAGAACAGCAAGCUCAGGCCGGAGGUUCUGGAAGACUUGAAAAACCAGACCGAGUUUAACGAGCACGAGCUGCAGGAGUGGUACAAGGGGUUUCUCAAGGACUGCCCCAGCGGGGUGCUCACUGUCGAGGAGUUCAAGAAGAUCUAUGGAAAUUUCUUCCCCUACGGAGAUGCCUCCAAGUUUGCGGAGCACGUCUUCCGCACAUUUGACGUGAAUGGAGACGGUACAAUAGACUUCAGGGAGUUCAUCUGUGCGCUGAGUGUGACAUCGAGAGGGCAGCUGGAACAGAAACUGAAGUGGGCCUUCAGUAUGUACGACCUGGAUGGUAAUGGCUACAUCUCCAAACAGGAGAUGUUGGAAAUAGUACAGGCAAUCUACAAGAUGGUUGGCACGGUCAUGAAGAUGCCAGAUGAUGAGUCCACCCCAGAGAAGCGAACAGACAAGAUUUUCCGCCAGAUGGACAAAAACAAUGAUGGGAAACUCUCUCUACAGGAGUUUGUAGAGGGGGCCAAGGCCGACCCCUCCAUCGUCAGACUGCUACAGUGCGACCCAAGUGGCGGCGGACAGUUAACGUAAUUUGGUUUGUUUCGUUUCCUUUCUAUCAUCAUUCCAUGUUGGACAACAGAGCAGAGACCACCAUUGUGUCUGAAAAAACAUCUAUCUUUGACUGGUAACCUGUAUGCAAGUUUGUACUGUACAGUUUCAGUCUAUCAAGUCCCGUACAGUUUUCUACAUUCAAGAGUAUUCUCCAUGUUCUUCACAUGACAGAACAUUAAUUAUAUGACACAUUGUGUGCAUCAUUUAACAUUAUAAUAUACAAUAUACUUUUAACAAUAGACAUCUUUCUUCUGAUCUGUACUUGUAUAUACACAGGAGACAUAUCCAGCUGUACUAUUCAAGGACCAAGUCUUAUAAUAACAGUAACAGUUACUGUUGUAAGCUUUAGAGCUCUUUACUGGGGACCAUGGAGAUGUAGGACUUGAUAGUAACUAAUAGAAGCAUACAAUGUAGUAUGGAACAAAAUGAAAUACUACGUGGAAAGGGGUUUUUGCAUGUAAUGUACAUGUAUACUAGUAGUCUGUAGUCAACUUAGUGGGGUGCACUUACUUCAAACUGUUUGCAACAAUGUUCAUAAUUUGUUGCACAUUUUUAGCACUGAUUCUCCUGGGGUGUAGGAAUAUCGAGUUAUUCUCUCUAAAUGUGGCUUCUGGUUAUGGUUGUAUCCACAUCAAGACUGAUGACCUGCUAGAGAUGUUAUAACUAUGAAGGCUUCAAAAUUUAGUUGCAGGUGUCCACCGAGCUUACACUUGGCAUACAGAAGGUUUUAUUUUUUAUGAGAACCUACAUCACUGUAUUUGUACGUUGUAUUAGUAAAACACUACAGUUUCUCCGUCCAUUUCCCUGUUUCUAAACACUCCAAGCAGAUCACAAUAUUCUGCAUCACAGGCAUGGCACCGUAUACUUAACGUCACAUGUAGUCUAUGUAUGUUGUUUACUGUAUUUUUCUUCUAAUGGGUGCACUCUCAUUCUCAAAUAAACAUACACUUUUUUUAGACAUAAUAACUUUCAAAGGUGGGGGGGAGGUGCAUAAACUUGGUCUUAAGAGCAUUCAGACUGUUAUUUUUCCAUAAGAAUGAUUGGCUGCACACCACACUCGUUAGUACUACCAGUAUAUAAGUUCCUAAUCAUCAUCAUCAUCAAUCCAGGAUUUCAAGUUCCUAAUACAAGCUUUAAAAUGUAUACAACAAUUAUUAAUAUAAUCUGUAGCAUUUCAACUCAGGCAGAAUCCAGAUUUUGCAAUGUAUGCUUAAUAUACAUGUAUAUAUUAUUAUUAAAUCAAGUUAUCAAACCAACCUGAACUGAAAAGAAUCAUUUUGGAUAUAAAUUAAAAGUUUAUACAAUCAUGUAGAUUCAUUAUGUACUUCCAUUUUUUUAACAGAAAUGUGUGAAAAUACUGAUUUUCUAAUUUACCAGAUUUGCUACCUGAUUGUAUUCAUUUUUAAAAGUGUGGACUAACAUUGUGUACAUGUAGCAGCAUUGAAACAUUCAUUGGAAUUAAUAGCACAUAUCAUAUCAAGCUUUAUAUAUACAUACAUUUGUAUGUCCAACAAAUCAUUUUAAAUGUUAGUCACGGAUGACACUGUGUUAAUGGAGGAUGUUUUGUUGCAAUUAUCUCUAGAAGCAACCUGCCAGCUCUAGCUUUGAAAAUAACAGUGAGUAAUUUUAGUAAAAGGAUGAUUGCAGGUACAUGUAUUUGGACCUGAUUAACUUACCUGAUAUUGACCACAACAUACAUGGCUUUUGAAUUUGAAACUGUUAACACUUAGAGCUUCAAGGUAGUUUUCGUAUGACGAUUUACAGUGUAACUCAAAUACAUUAGGUUUGGCAGGAAGAAGACAUUAUCAGACCACUACAUGUUCAUGUACAGUAACUAUGUAGUAUCCUCUCACCAUACAUGUACAAUACAUUUUCCAACCAAGCUCAUCUUUGGUAGGAUUAGUAGUGUUAUAUAGUUCAGUCUCAGAAUACAUUGUGUUUUGGUGUAUCGUGUAGAAUAGUUGUUUUCUUCAUAAAUCAAAGGUGUUUCUAUGAAUGAGAAAUGGAGUUGUUUUAGUAAUGGCUUAAAACAUAAGAAGGAAAGCUGUAAAAUUUAUGUUUGAAAUCCUUUUAUUAUUCCUGGACAACUGAAAUUAAACCUUUUUAUGGCCUGUAUUGUAAGAAGACUGUUUUAAUGGUUGUGUUAAUCCUAAAAAAAUUAUAUUUUGAAAUAUUGCAAAACUACAAUGUGUAAAAAAUGACUUGGAGUUAUGUUCUACACCAAGUGUCAAAGGUACAUGUCAUGUACUCUGCCUGCAAUUAGCUUGGAUUGCAGCACCUAGCAAACUGUUGUUACUAAAUCAUACACGAGUUACUACAAAGCUUGCCUAGCCAUCUUGUGCUGCUGGUACUUAACUGUGACAUGCUUGUUGUCAAUGAUUUUGUCCAGUAAGUGAGGUGAUGUACAUGUAAUUGUCAUGUGACAAGAGGUGACCAGUAGAUCCAAUAUGUACACAAUGCAUUCUAACCAGUCAAUAAGACCAUUAUUAUCUAGAGGAUGACUGUGGGAGAUUUCCUUCAUUCAUACCAUUAGAUUGUGAACUUUUUUUUAGAAAAUGUAUCAUGUAGUAAAUUAUAAUCCAGCCACACACCAAUUUUUGAAGGAAGAAUUUCACAAGCUAAGGCUACUUGCUUCAAUGCUUAUAUGCUUAUUUGAUUAAAGAACAGUUUUCCAAAAUGAA